AUUAAUUUUCAGACAAGGCGGUUGUUGAUAUCUUGAUGUACAGAUAAAUGAUGCCCAUGUGAUCACUUCGAUUUGGCCGAUUCCGCUACAAGUCAAAUACAUACACAAAAUGAGUCCUAUAAAAUUCCUCCGGUACUAACGAAUUUUUUCUCAUCUCUUCAGUUUCCGAAAUCUCUCAGACUAUCUUUCCUUUUUUGGUAUUGGUUAACAACAAUAUUAUUUUCUCCAGAAAAAAAAAAAUAAUUUUCCUCAGAAAACAAAAUGAGUAGUUCAGGUGGUAAGCUAGUCUCCCAGAUCGAGAUCAAGUCCAGCGCAGACGUGUUUCACGAGUUAUUCAGGAAGGAACCUCAUCAGCUGUCAACAAUAAGCCCUGAUUCUGUCCAUAACUGCGAAUUGCACGAUGGUGAUUGGGGCACUGUUGGAUCUGUCAUCUCCUUCGAUUAUACUCACGAUGGAAAGAAGUGUGUUGCGAAAGAAAUAAUCGAUGCCAUUGAUGAGGAAAAGAAGCUUGUGACCUUCAAGAUAAUUGAAGGAGAUCUGCUGGAAUUGUACAAGAGUAUCAGUGUAACAGUUCAUGUUGAAACUCACGGUGAAACCAAUUUGGUGACUUGGAGCAUUGAUUUUGAGAAACUUCAUGAGGGCAUCCCUGAUCCCCAUACUUUGAUGGACCUUUGCUUCAAAAUCACCAAAGAUAUUGAGGCUCACCAUCUCAGCAGCGACGAAAUCACAGGCAAGAAGAUCAAGAAGAUGGUGUCCUCCAUUGAAAUAAAGUCGGAUGGAGAUGUGUUUCAUGAAAUCUUCAGAGACAGACCACACCACAUUUCUAACAUGAGCCCAACUUAUAUCCAGGGAGUUGAUUUGCAUGAUGGUGACUGGGGAAAAGUUGGAUCUAUUAUUUUCUGGAACUACACUCAUGAUGGAAAGGAGAAGGUGGCGAAAGAGAUAAUUGAGGCAAUUGACGAGGCAAAGAAAUCAGUGAGGUUUAGGGUGAUUGAAGGAGAUCUUAUGGAGCUGUACAAGAGCUUCGUCUUAACUGUUCAUGUUGACACAGUUGGGGAGAACAACUUAGUGACUUGGACACUUGAGUAUGAGAAGCAAAAUGAGAGCGUCCCAGAUCCCGAAUCACUCAUGGAAUUCUGCCUCCAAGUCACUAAAGACAUUGAGACUCAUCACCUCAAAUAA